AUGAAUAAUUCAAUACCGGAAAUUCUCGGUCAAGAGCAGAUCGAUCUAACACGAUUGAAAAAACAAGCGCAGUUAACUCAGACAUCGAUUCCGAAAACUCCGCGAAUCACUCGAACAUUAAAAACACUUGAAAGUGUGUUAAAAGUCCUGGAAGAACAUAGCCGCAAAUGUAAACAUCAAAUCGAUGAACUGAUUCAAUCUGUUGCAAAUGAAAAUCAUCAAUUAGCACGACAAUUGCAUGAAGCUCAAGUUGCUUAUCUGAAACUACAAGCCCACACAGCUUCAUUACAAAGUUUAAAAGACUGUUAUUGUCGAUAUGCUCAUAUGCUUGAUGGAGCACGAACGAUGUUCAACGCAUAUCAACAAACAUCAACUAAACGAGACUCAAUCGAUCAAGUCAAAUUGGGUUUGAAAGAAUGCACUCAAACUUUAUGUGCAAUAGAAGCUCAAUUGGAAGCGAUGUUAGGAACGUUUGUGUUAAGCCUUCAAGAAAUUAGUGGUUUCUCGCGGAUAUGUCCUGGAGAUGAAUACGAAAUUGUCAUUCGUUAUGGACAACAGAAAUGGAAAACACGUGGUCGAAUACGUAAACAUGAUAGAACUGAACAAAUCUGGACACGACAAAUCUUUCAUUUAAAAGCUAAACUAGCUGAUUUGUUGUUGAUUAAAGUAAACGAAGUGAAAUUAUUGGGUGUUUCACUGAAAACCAUUGGAACGAAGUGUUUUGAAGUGAAUAAUUUCUAUUCGAUCGAAGCACAACGAAUGAUUAUCAAUGCGAAUCAGAGCGGAACGAUUAAAUUGAUCUUUUUAAUUCAUUGGGAUUUAUACGAUCAAGUCGAUACAAAAUUCACUUUUUACAAUCCCAAUCGAACAUACAACGAUGUUACACGAACGUGGUCAAUGUUUGUUGGAAAUACGACAUUACUUCGCACUGUGAAUGAUACUCUUUCAUUUUCCUCGUCGUCAUCUUCUUCUUCAUCGCACCGUUUAUCCACGUUUUGUCCUUUAAAUUCUGAAAAUAAUCAUGAAUAUUUAGAUUAUACACCAUUAUCGGACGAAACCAAUCAUUAUGAUGAAAUUAACUUAGAUAACAAACCAGAAGAAGUACCUUCGGAGAAUAUUCUGGUUCAUGACGAUACGCGUUCUUCAUCGUACUCGUCAUCUUCGUUUGCUGGUGGGUUAAACUCUGAUGAACUUUCUUCUGCGACUUCAAAUGAAUAUUGUCAAGAUGAAGAAGAAGAUAUCAAAGAUAAUGAAUCGAUUUAUGAACUUGAUUUGCUGAUUGAACAAGUUCGAACAUGUUUAGAUGAUUUACGUUUGAUUGAUCGAACUUUUUCAAUUGAAUUGGAAAAUAUCGAAGAGAUUAUAAAUGAUUUGGAUAAAAUGAUCAAAGUUCAAAUACGUGAACAAACCGAAUCCAUAUUAGAAAUUGAGACCGUUCUUGGUGAUUUCAAUUUUCUCAAUGCAAUCGAUGAUGACGAGACAUCGAAAACAAUCGAUUCAGGUUUUGAGGGCGAACAACAAGUCAAACAAAUCAAACAGAAUGAACAUUUUAAAUCAAAUAUGAACCGCAUCUUUGUCGAUAUUCUCAACCGAAUUUUGAUUCUUCUUCAUUAUAUUCAAAAUCGCUCGAAAUCCGACGAUGAUCUUGUUUUCCAACGGUUUCGUGAUCAAUACGAUCAAUUGAAAACAGCGAUAUCUUGGCAUCAAAAUCCACACCAGAAUAUUCAACAAAUAUUAUCUCACUGUGAUCAAGCAAUUGUUGAUUUUUGGUCGAAUGCGCGUUUGAAUGACACAUUGAUUAUAUCUUUUCAUCAAUGUCUUAGUGAAAUAAUGAAGUAUUUCAAUUGCAGUCAAGAUGUGGCGGAGUAUUUGUUGAAUAAUCUUUGUUGUCUUCCAUUUCGAACGAAUUUCACACGUCCAAAAUCGUUGACACUCAUUCAAAUUUGGUUUCUGUUGAGAAAAGAUCGAGCGGAUCUGGAAGCGGAGAUUCAAUUAGCAGAUGAACAAAUCAAUCUUUCAAAAAAUCUUUCGAAUUUAAUUUUGAAUCAAAAUCAUCCAGACAUUUCCUUGUUGAUCAACCGUCGCACAUUAAACAACGAUGAACUAUUCACCAAACUACUCGAUGAUUAUCAAUUCAAAAUUCCCGAUGAAUUGAUCGGAAUGUUUCUACCAUCGAUUCGUCAUGAUUUAAUAACUCAUCUACGUUCAAGUUUGUUAUCUCAUCACGAUAGUCCAUCGAAACGUCUUCAAAUUCAUAAGAUGAUCUUUAAUGUGCAACAAAUGGACUCUCUCUAG